GAAAAAUGGCCACACAUCCUGAUGAAUUUGAUACCGUGCUUGAAUUUUCAUCCCGUAAAUAUCGUGAAGUAGUUAAGUGGGGCUAUACAUACGAAGAAACAAAAGCAAAGAUUGAAUCACACUUUAAAAUUCCAGUCAAAAGAAUCGCUUACAUAUGA